AAGAAAAUGUUUAAUAUUAGAAAUACAUAUAUGUUGAUUGACUGCAGCUUCUUUUAUAUGCUUCUAGAAUGAUGAAUCCUGCUGUAAGGGAGACAGCAGCUGUUCAUUCACAAGUUCUCUAAUGUGGACUUGUGGAUCAUCUGGACUCAUUUUAAUCUUGCAGCCUAGAUUUUUGUUGAAACAUCUCUCCCACAAAAGAGCUAUGCAUCCCACUCACUCUUCACAGUCCGUUAUGUUGAACAGGGACUCCAAAUGAGGCCUAAGGAGUGAGCACAAGAAAUCAUACUUUUUCUGUGGUGGCUUUGUGUCUUUGGAAUAAACUUCCAAUAGAGGUUUGACACGCCCUUCCUCUCUAAGUGUUUAAGAAAGGGGUAAAAACUGAACUUUUAAAAGCAUUUUUUUUUACUAAAAGUGGACCUGGGAUUUUAAAGUUGUUUAAUUGAUUAUUUUUGCCUAAAGGUUUGAAGGUAGCAAAGAUUAUACAAAUUACAUGUUUAUUUUAUAUCAUGUAUUAUUUGACUGAAUUUUAUUCUUGUAAGCUGUCCAGAGAGUGCUAUGCACUGUAGGGCAAUAUACAAGUUUGAGAGAGAGCCAGAAUUUUGCAUGAUAACAAUCUUGGUUGCCCUGAUUACCUCUGUUUGGGAUAAACAGGGAAGUAGACAUUGCUGAGCCAUCUUGAUCAAUAUAUUACUUUAUUGUAUUGGGUUUCCUGGUGUUGGAGACAAAGUGAUAUAGUAGUUCCCCUCAUACCUACAGGGUCAAACCGAUAUUCCAGAAAAUAUCAGUUGGAGAUUUCUGACUACAUUAGUUUAGUGCAGCCAUAUUACACCAAUUAAAUAAUUAAAUUGUCUGUGGGUUAACUUCUGAGCACAGCUCAGUGUAAAGUAUUUGUGCUUGCUUACUUUUUAGGCUGUGAAUAGUUUAGGAUCCAAACACCUGGAAGAAGCCUUCUCAGAAUACUGACAGCUGGUGAGGUGUAGUUUGGGAGGGGCCUUUUCUGUAGUGCCAGUCAACUUGGAAAAAAUAUUACUAAAAGAGUUUAACAAUGGUAGUACAAUAUUUUGAAUGCCAGUUCCAAACGUUUCUAUUUGCUCAGGCAUUUAAAACUGCCCAAACAUGUUAAAUGGAUGCUAGGGUCAGCUUGGUAGUUUUAUGUUCUUGUUACUUCUCAGUUUUACUCUUACAUGAAAGUUGGUAUUUUGUAUUGCUUUUAUUUUGUUAUCUAUGCCACUGUGGAGUCCAUUAAGUGAGAAUGUUUUAAAAUAAAUACAUUGAUUAAUGUUUUAUGAUAAAUAGUUGAAAUGCCUCCCAGUUGCAUUUCUACAUGAAACAGAUCUAAAACAUAGAUUGUCAGAGAUGUUCAUAAGGAAUGUAGCUUCUCUGAGAAAUUAAGUUGUUCAAGUCUCAUUUGGUAUAAUUACACUUCCACUAACACAAAUAAAUUUUCUAAUUGUACUUCAUACAUAUUUUUUCUUUUCAUUUUGUGACUAUUUUCUCUUCUUUAUAGAGGUUCAUUAGGGUGAGAUUUAACAAUCACACACACACACACACACAAGUUUAUUGCGUGGCACACAGGCUGUUGCAAAGUACAUCAAAUAAAAACAAUACAAUACAGUACAAUUCAAUACACUAUAGUAUGAGGGAGAAAACCCAAAUCAAGUUAGAUUUCUAUCACAGCUAAAAACCUCUAACGCCUUUGAAAAAAACCUAAGGAAAACUGAGUGAAGGCAGUUGAUAGAUAUACCAUGUGAUGAGAAUUACAGGGCAUGACUGUCCCUCUGGUGCCAAUAACCUAAUUUUGCUCAAUCAGAAAUUGAAGCUGUGUGUCCAAGAGAGAUGUGCAGAUUUGUGUUUUGGACAGAAUCUCCCAGAAUUCCUCAAGCAGCUGCUUGGGAGUUCUAGUCCAAGAACACAAAUAUCCACCCCUCUAUAAAAGCAUUCCAGGAAGGCUCCAAUAAAUGUUAGUUAUCCCAUUUUCAGUUGUGUUACAUUGCACUAUAAUAUUAAAACCUCAGAGGUACUCAGAGUACUGUGGCUCUGUAUAAUGCCAAUGACACAACAAACAUUUCUGGCAGGUUUCUUGGAGUGCUGUAAGAGUCAACCAUAGUUUUCUUUCCUGUAAAGAAAAACCUAACAGCACUUUAAUGAAUUAAAUAAAAGUCAGUUUUGGGAGAUUUUGGAAUGGUGGCUGUGGCAGUGUUUCAGAAAGGGAGCAGAAUGGUACUGCUGUACAGUCUUCGCACAUAAUACAGUGAGUUGUGCCUAGUGGUCCAAUAAUAGUAAUGAUGACAGUAAGUUGUGUAGAGAACCAAGGGAAAAAUAGCAGAACAAGUUAUUUUUUAAAAAAGCGGUGUUCCAAGUCUUCAGGGUAGUAUUUGCAUUUUGCAGUGUUACUAGAUAAGCUCUAAUUACUCUUUCUAAGAGAGUAAAUGGCUCCUUAUUCAGUAUUUCAUCUUAAGAAAUUAUUAAACUGUUACUGAGCUCUGAGGAUUUCCUGAUACGUCUAGACAUUAUUUUUGAUUACCUUAGUGAAAUCUUACUGUCAUUUUUCUUACACUAAGGUUCACCUUACAAGCAACAGUGGCAGGCUUGAGCAUUUAAGCUGUUACUGCUCCAACAGCUUAUGAAAUAAGGUCCAAAUUUAAAAGUAACCAUAUGUGAUGUUCCACUUAAACCUGUUCAGCCUAUUCCAGAGACGCAGAGACAGCCUGACUUCUGACAUAAGAGCCCAGUUGUCUGGGAACAAAUUGCAAGGAUGUAAGCAGAGAAGUCAGGAAAUAGAAGGACCUGUAGAAUAUGAGUGAUGACAAACCAUUUUUAUGCACUGCCCCUGGAUGUGGACAGCGUUUUACCAACGAGGAUCAUUUGGCUGUCCAUAAACAUAAACAUGAGAUGACACUGAAAUUUGGUCCAGCUCGUAAUGACAGUGUCAUUGUAGCUGAUCAGACUCCAACACCAACUCGAUUCCUGAAGAAUUGUGAAGAAGUGGGUUUAUUCAACGAGCUAGCAAGUCCUUUUGAAAAUGAAUUCAAAAAAGCCUCUGAAGAUGAUAUUAAGAAAAUGCCUCUAGAUUUAUCACCUCUUGCAACACCAAUUAUUAGAAAUAAGAUUGAAGAGCCUUCAGUUGUUGAGACAACUCACCAAGAUAGUCCUUUACCUCAUCCAGAGUCCACUACAAGUGACGAAAAGGAAGUGUGUCUGCAGCAAACUGCCCAGCCUACAUCCACAAUUGUUCGUCCAGCUUCUCUGCAGGUUCCUAAUGUGUUGCUUGCAAGUUCUGACUCAAGUGUCAUUAUUCAGCAAGCCAUACCUUCACCAACUUCUAGCACUGUCAUAACCCAGGCUCCGUCCUCAAAUAGGCCAAUAGUACCUGUGCCAGGUCCUUUCCCCUUGCUUUUGCAUCUUCCCAAUGGACAAACCAUGCCGGUUGCUAUUCCUGCCUCAAUCACAAAUUCUAAUGUACAUGUUCCAACUGCAGUUCCACUGGUUAGACCAGUGACUGUGGUGCCCAGUAUUCCAGGAAUCCCAGGGCCCUCUUCUCCACAACCUGUGCAGUCAGAGGCAAAAUUAAGAUUAAAAGCUGCUUUGACCCAGCAGCAUUCGCAGGUAACAAAUGGAGAUACUGGAAAGGGGCAGACCAGUGGAUUGGUUAGAACUCAAUCAGAAGAAGCACGGCCACAGUCACUACAACAGCCUGCGACGUCUACUACUGAAACACCGGCUUCUCCAGCUCAGCCUGCACCACAAACUCCAAAUACUGGGGGUCGACGAAGAAGAGCAGCAAAUGAAGAUCCUGAUGAGAAAAGGCGGAAAUUUCUAGAGAGGAACAGGGCAGCUGCUUCAAGAUGUAGACAAAAAAGAAAAGUUUGGGUACAGUCUUUGGAAAAAAAAGCUGAAGAUCUAAGUUCAUUAAAUGGUCAAUUACAGAAUGAAGUCACCCUGCUGAGAAAUGAAGUGGCGCAGCUGAAACAGCUUCUUCUGGCUCAUAAAGAUUGCCCUGUAACAGCCAUGCAGAAGAAAUCUGGCUAUCAUACUACAGACAAAGACGAUAGUUCUGAAGACAUCUCUGUGCCAAGUAGUCCCCACGCGGAAGCAAUCCAGCAUAGUUCGGUCAGCACUUCCAACGGAGUAAGCUCCACCUCCAAGGCAGAAGCCGUGGCUACGUCGGUCCUCUCCCAGAUGGCAGACCAGAGUACAGAGCCGGUGCUUUCGCAGAUCGUGAUGGCUCCUCCGUCCCAGCCUUCAGGCAGUUGAUUAGAAAUGUGCAUUGUUUUUAGAUAUUCCUUAGCAACUUCAAAGGGAAACCAAGGAAAAACAGCCUUCAUCAAAAAAGAAAUGUGUAGCUUAAAAUUAUUCAUCCGUAAAAUUCAAAGUUGAAUUGGGCUUUGAAAGUUGGCAAACAGGAAUUGCACAACAGGUUGUAGUCUUGUGAUAGGCACCCAGGUUUGUUUUUCUUUCCUAAUUAAGAUUGCCUGUUAUUUUCAGUGCUCGUCAUGUGAACUGUUGAUACAGUUGAAAUGUACUUUUUUUUUCGUUUUGGUGGUAUUCCAAGAAAUAUUCAAAUCAUUUGCGUAAUGGUCACCCCCAAAACUGUGACCGUCAUCUUGUAAUAUUUUAUACCAAAGUUCUGCAUAGAUUCCUAUUGACUUUGUGAAGUCUACGAGAUCGCACUGGGCAAGAGAAAAAAAGACAGGAAUGGUAAAUUUGCUUUUAGUCUUUUUGCCUUUAUAUUGUUUUGCACAUUCUGAGAGGAAAAAAAAACAUUGGGAGAAUAUGUUUGAUUAUAUUAUUGUAGCGUUUUCUUUGGCUUUUUAAGUGUUUGAGGGUUUAGAAGAAAUAAUUUUGUUUAACAGGGCCAGUACAGUAUGCGGUAUACAGUACUUCUUAUGCACAUAUGUAAUCUUGAUCAGGGUCACUAUUAGCUAGGAUUUUCUUUAAAAAAGUGAUGUCAGCUUUGCUAGCACUUCCAUUUUUAAAAUCAGGAGCUUCAUUUUUUAAAAAAAAUUGCAAAAGGAUGUGUGCAGCUAAAGUAACAAAGAAUAGCAGGUAGAGACAAAAUCUUACUGAAGUAAUGAAGAACAGCAGACAAGGGUUAUGAAAGAUGGAAUACUUUCUCAAAGCUAACUUGGUAUUUUGUCAUUUCUUGAGUCUUAAAGUGAGGAGCUCAUUCAUACUCCAGUAUGGUAUGAAUGCCAGGAAAGUUUAAAAUUCCCUCAUCAAACAACUCGUUUAUUUUAUUUUUUUUUGUUAUUGUCUUGUAUUUGCAAGGUAACUUGUACUUUAUUCUUGUGUAAGCACUGUUAUCUUUUAGUAGCAAAACUUUUGAUACCUUUCUUGGGUGGGGAGGGGAGUCAAACAUCUACCGUACCAUGGAAACAGUGUAAUUAUAAUGUGGAGUGUGUGUGUGUGUGUGUGUUUGUGAGAGAGAGGGGGGGGAGUGAUAAGAGAGAGAAUGAUCUCGUAGUUUCUGCCGGCAAUCUGUGCUUGAAUGUUUAAAGAUGCCUUCAAUGUGAUGCUGGCUUGAUAGAUGUUUGCAGUUUUGAAAUGUUAUUUACUGUGUGAACUUGGACAACUAACAUUCCAUGAUGUAGUUUGUUUCUGAUGAGAUGAUUGUAGGCACAGUUCUUCUCUUUAUCCAAACAUCUGUAGGAUACUGAGUUUUUAAUGUGCCAUUAUCUAUUUUAAUUCUGUACUCAUGUUUUAAAAAACAACAACAGUAUACUACUUUAUGAUUAAGUUGUAAAAGUACAAAAAGUGUGUGCUUUCACAUCAGAAAACUUUGUAUAACAACAAAGUAAACUACACAGUAGCAACAUUGGCAGUAAAAAGUAAUUCCAUUAUGUAUAUAACAAACGUUUAAUGCAUUUAUGGUGGGUUGUGUAACUCAUUUGUUCUAUGCUCUGUUCUAACCUACAGUGCCAUCAGACUAAGAAAUGGAACAUUCAGAUUUACAUCAUUAAAUUGUAAUUGGUGGUAAUAGCAAAGAGCAGCUCUAAUUUAUAUGAUGUACAACCAAACUCAAGUGGACGCUGGAUGCAGUCAUUAAAUUAUGUAUAUAUCAUUUCAGUGCUUUAAGUCUGAAAAUAAGAAAUUAAAUAUUUUGUGUAUUAAAAAUGUAAGGAAACAGGUUUUUUGUGUAAAUUUUUACACAAAACUCUUUGAAGUUUUUGUGUAGUUCGUAAAAAGUGCUCUAAAUACGUUUACUGUAUUGAUUUUUAAAGCAAUUUAAUUUUGAAAAUAAGCUUACAAUUUUUUUAAAAAAACAAAACCCCACAAGCAAAGAAAGAGAAUUUCCUCCACAAAAUGUGAAUUCUGCAAGAAGGCUGUGUAGAUAAUUGCCACAAUUCCUCUAAUCGUGCUCAGAUGGGGAUAUGCAUGCACUCAAAAACCAUGUGGUGUAGUUAGAUGAGAAUCAUGUUUGUAUGCACAGCUGAGGUAUGUACCCCUGGUUCCUGAUCCUGCCGGUUGAUACACAUACAGAAGCCUUCUUCCACACCUAUGUCCUCUGGACUGAACUGACUGUUGUCCACUUUGCAUAGGAUCAACAUACACUAAUUGGGGUAUUUCGCUCCCCUAAAUAUGAGGGGUCACUCUCUCCCAGGCGUUGUGUGCUCUACUACCUCCCUUCGUUUCUAUUCCCUAAGCAGUUUUCUGAAAUGAAUGGUGUUUGUGCAACAGCUACGCCUGGUGCUGUAUAAGGCAGUCCUGUUUUUUAAAUUUUAUUUAAUAUAAAAGGGGUGCUUUUUCAAGUAAUAAAGCUGUUGCUGUUGUAAAGUAAAUAUGUGUGAGGAAAUAUGUAAAUUAUUUUAACAGAGGGGCUAGUGAAAAAGCUAUGUUCUGCAAACAGAGCAGUUGUACAACCAUAGAGUCUGUUUUAAAAUGUAUGUCACACUACUUCUGUACUUUGCAUUUGAGUUCCUUGCAUUUGAUAUGUUUCACAAACUGUACAGUUUUCUUCAGUGUGCAGUUUGCAUGAGUAAAUCAUCAGAGAAUAAAAUCUAUCUUUAAAUUGUACCUAC